CAGGAUUACGAAAGCUGCUGCCACACUGAAUGAGACACAUUUCUCAACUUUGGUAUAAAUAUUUUGGGCUUUUUGAUUGACUAAAAUAAGACAAAUCUAAUAGAAGGCUAAAUCAGAGAACGCUAUCUUUUUCCUGAUUUUGUUUGAUUACCUUUUGUUUGGGAACCAGUGGAUUUCAGGUCAAGGAUUGGAGGAAAACCCAGACAGCUAUCAAGUAACAGUCACAUGAUGACAGACGUCUCACAAUAUCUUAUCAAUCACCUGGUGACGUUCUCCCUGCAGGAUGGGGAGGUGAAGACUGUGGAUGAGGCCCAGUCUCGGCUGUCCCUCCUGGCCCGGUCGGAGAAGCUGUGGAGCCAGCAGAUGGUUCUGGAGGUCAGCCCUGAGGCCCUCCGACUCAGAGACACACAGAGCCAGGAUGAGUUGGAGAAAUAUCCAGUUUCAGCUAUCCAUCGCUGUGACGCCAUCCUCACUGAGAAACGAUUCCCAUCCCUUCUUUUACUCGUUUGCCAAAGCGCAUCUCAGAAAAAGCCUGACGUUCUCUUCUUCAACUGUGAGACCGUAAGGGCACAGCAAAUUCGUGAUGACAUCACAAGGGCAGUGUCAGGUUACUUAUCGAGGUCCAAGAAGUGCCCAGAGGCCCUCAGACUUCCUCCGAUAGACCCUGUUCUUCCCCAAAAUACCAAAGCAGCGAUGAUGGACCCCUACGGAAUUCCGAGUCCCCCCAUUCCACAUGCUCCCAACGCCCCGCCUGUCAACCCUCCCCCUUACCCAGGAAUCAGAGCGAAUGGUGUUAACAACGGGCAACAACCUGAUAUCUCUUUUCUACGAGCUGAGAGAGAAGUGGGGAUCCUUAAUCACUGUUUCGAUGAUAUUGAGGUCUUCAUGGCAAAACUACAACAGACUGCAGAAGCUGCCACAGUUUUAAGCCAGAGGAAGAAGAAAAAUAAGAAAAGUCGCAAGCAAACAGCAGAGGAGGACUUGCUUACUGCAAAAGCUCACCCUCCACCUGAAGAAGAAUUCAUGGACAUCUUCCAAAAAUUGAAAUACUGCUUCAGCCUACUGGCUCAUCUCAAGUCUUCCAUCUCCAACCCCUCCUCAGAAGAGCUGCUCCACCAUGUGUUCAAACCUCUAGAUAUGCUGGUGAGGACUACCGGGGGUCCUGCUCUAGGGGCUUCAGUGACCAGUCCUGCCCUGACCAACUCAGCUGUAACCCUGCUUCAAGACAACCUGUCUGAGGAGGAGAGGCAGCUAUGGAUGGCUCUGGGGCCCCACUGGACACUCCCACGUUCCCAGCUCAAAGGCCCAGUGGCCCCGUACACACCUGUGUUCCUGGACGGGUGGAAGCCAGAGGCCUCCAGGGCAGACAGGCAGGUUUGGGAGGAUCCAGUCGAGUCACAACACAAACAUGAAGCCCUGAGGGAAAAACUAGAAUUGCAGCCUACUCAGCCAGUUGGACCUCCAGUCACCCCUAUGAGCAAUGAAAUGGAUAGCAGUGUCCUACCCCCAGAGGGAGAGAGGAUGUACACCUGCAGCUAUGACUUUGUGGCCCGCAACAACAGUGAGCUGUCAGUACAACAGGGAGAUACACUGGAGGUGGUGGAGUCGUCCAAACGCUGGUGGAAGUGUCGUAAUCGCUUCGACGAGGUGGGCUUUGUCCCAUUCAACAUCCUGGAGCCAGUGGCUCACAGAGACAGCCCUGUCAACAUGAGACAACCUAAGCCUCCAGUCUCACCUGGCCUGACCAAGACUCACAUUCCUCCGAGCCCUCCAGCCUUUAACUCUAGCUCCUUGACUCCUAGCCCCUCAGCGCAACACCGCCCUCGCCCACAAUCAUACAACCAAUACAGCCAACACAUUCCAGCCGGAGACGACACAGACAAAGUCAUGAUGGUGAAUGACGAGCUGCUCCAGAGACUGACCAAUGGGAAGGCCAACCUGAACAAGCCCCUGGUCAUCCAUCGCUCGUCUGACACCUUGGUCCCCCUGGACUACCACUCACCCCCCGAAGAGGUGGAGCAGUGGCUCAGGGGGAAGGGCUUCAGUGAGACGACGGUGACAUUACUGGGAAAGCUGACAGGAGCCCUGCUCUUCUCUCUGAACAAGGAGGACCUACGACAAGUCCUACCAGACGAGGGCGCCAGAGUGUACAGCCAGCUCACUGUGCAGAAAACACUGUUGGAGGACGCCCGGAAGACCACAGAGCUGGAGGCAGUGAUGGAAAAACAGAAGAUGAAGAUGGAUCUGAAACUGGAGAGUAGCACACUAUAAGACCCACGUUUCAGGCAUCGUGUCACUCGCCCAAAAGGAAAAGACUCCAGCUAAAUGAGAAAAAUGCGCGCACACUGGCUUGAUUCUAUCUAACAAACAGUCGAACGCUGUCGGAUGAAACAUUAUGCAAAUAUUCAUUUUAUGUCAUUGGUUGCACUUCAAGCCAGACUGUACAGUCUUGAAUCAAGGCUUUGCCUUUUGCUGCAAAUGCUUGCUUCAGUUAAACUUUCUAGGAUAAAUUGUCCUCUUUUAAGCCAACCAUAAUCUUUGCUGUAUUCUAGAAUAUUCUCUCCUUUCUAUGUUGACUUUGAAUCAUUUGUGCAUUGUACCAACUACACCUGCUAUUUGCAGACUAACUUAAUGUAUACUGUAUCUACUUGUCUUAUUGAUGUCUGUAAUUUAUACACUCACACAAGAUACUAGAAGAUAAAUGAUUUUAUUUGAAAAGAACAUAAGCUUUACACUUAGGCCCUGAGGAAAGAUCUCAGGUAAAUAGAUUAAUACAAUUCUGGGAUUUUUAUUCAGGCUUCAGACAAAAUCAUCUUCUAGCAAAA